GUCUCAGCGAAUGAUUUGUCCUAAAGAUUGCAACUUUUUUUUUCUCAUUUUCAUGAAAUAACCACACAUACGAACACACAAGCGGCAUGGAUAAGAAACAAAUCUCAUAUGAAGCUCUCAAAGUGCUUCUGAAAAGUAACCAGAAACCAAUUCUGAUUGAUGUCCGCUCCAAGGAAGAAGUGGCUAAAGGACAAAUUCCAGGAUCUAUUCACGUCCCAGUUGAUACUGUGAAGACUGCUUUUGAACUAGAUCCAGAGGAAUUCAAGGCCAAAUAUGGAAUAACUAAGCCACUGAAGGAUGCCCCAAAUCUGGUGUUUCACUGCCACAUGGGAAAGCGAGGGGGACUGGCCACAGACAUGGCCCAUGAACUGGGAUACACAAAUGCACGUAAUUAUGCUGGAGGAUACAAGGAGUGGUCUGAGAAGGAAGGCAAAUAAAUUGUGCUGGAGUGCUAAAUAUACUUUAUCUAAAGGACAAA